ACCAUUUUCUAUGAAGGUAGUGUGUUUUGGCGGGCAGCGGGAAACCUUCCCUGACGACGUCGACGGGUCUUGCCACGCCGAACGGAAAGACGAACAACUUUCUCCCAGCCGAUUUCUGCGUUGAUUUCGAACGAUGUCCAAGCAGCCCACUCUCUUUACGUUCUUCUCGAAGUCCCCGAAGACGACCAAGCCCAGGCAGGAGACGUCAUCGUCGCCGGGCACGUUAAAAUUGAAAGGAUCGGGUGAGCAACUCAGCAACGGGAACAUCAGAUUCGUUGAUGUAAAACUAUUGGAUGUUGUGUGGAGCAAACUUGACGGAUACCCUUGGUGGCCAGGUCUCAUCUGUGAAAAUCCUACUGACAAAACUUAUAAACGAAAAGGACAAAUCCAUGUUCAGUUCUUUGAUGAUCCCCCUACCCGAGGCUGGGUUAGGGAAACGUUUAUUAAGCCUUAUUGUGUUGCUGGGGAGAAUGGCAUCCCUACUUACAAGGAUCCCGCUUGGGUAAAAGCAGUGGAGGAGGCAAAUGGCGCUGUGGAGCUGUCAAAAGAGGAUAGAAACAUGCUUCUGGUGGAUAUGAUUCCUUCAGAUGAUGACGAAGAAUCAGCAAUGGAUACUGAUGCUGAAGAUGAUAGUGACAAAAGCAAAGAAAAUGUAGAUGUUAAUGUUGGUAAAUCAUCGUCCCGCAAAAAUAAGAAUGACAGUGUGAAAGAACCAAAUAAAAAGCGCCGAAGAAUAAUCCUCCACUCUGAUAGCGAGUCUGAAGAUGAGUAUAAGCCAGAGAAGGAGGCAGAAGAGAGUGAAGACUCUGGAAGCUCAGGAGAAGAUGAAGCAAAUAUGUCGGAACCAGAGGCAGAAUCGGAAGUUGAUUCUCCCAUCAAGAAACCAAACAAGCGGAAAAAGCCAUCGGCCACUCCAUCAGGUAAAGCAGGCUCCUCGUUUAUAGAUUCUCCAUCUUCAGUGAAAACUCCAUCACAUACAUCGAUUUUACCAAAAGUGUCAGAAAGUACAAAAUCAAAGUUGUCUCUCUUUGCAGCAAAGGAGACACCAGCUAAAUCAAAUGAAGGAGGGGAGGAAUGGCCUUUUAUGAAAUGUUCUUGGCUAAAACCAGAAAAUAUCAGAGAUAGGGAAAGGAGACGUCCCAGUGACCCAGACUAUAAUCCAAGAACCCUUUUAGUCCCAGAUAAUUUUUUGAACUCACAAACCCCGUAUUUAAUAGGGAUGAUCAAAGUGAUGACUUCAAAGACCAGGAAGUUGAAGAACAAACAUGGGAAGAUGCCAUAUUUUGUCGGGUUCAUUGCUCGCAAGUUUCCACAACUGGAACAUUUAGGAGCAAAAAUAACAAAGGAAGAUGACACAAAGAUUGGUGCCAUAAGCUUUAGUGAAGGGAAAUUAAUGAAACCUGGCGUUUCUUGA